CCGCCCAGCGGGCUCAGAGCCACGCGGCGCGUCGGGGAGAUCCCCUGUCCGCUAGCUGCUGCUGCCUCCCGGGUUCUUGGGCCGCCGCCUCCCGCACCUGGGGGCCUGGGUGCCCCCUCCCUGACGCAAGCGCUGGGCGCCCUCGUCUCGGAGCUCCGUCUCCCAGCCCCCAGACCCAAGCGCCCCAGUUCUCCGUCUCCAGGACCCAGGCGUCCUGGGUCCCCGCCUCCCGGAUCCAGACGUCCCGGAUCUGCGCCACCAGGACCCAACCUUCAGCAGAUGGAUCUCUGCCACCUGGAGCCAAGGACCCCAGGUUCAGCCUGAGGAACUCCUGACUUCCCGACUCCCAGCUUUGGACGCCUUGCCGCUUCGCUUCCCAGCCUGGAAGAGCAGAGGAACCCGUGCGCCCAGCUUAGGGGAUUCAGACACUCCAGCUUCCAAGAGCCAAGGAGUCUAGGCGCCUUCAACUCACAGCUCUACGGAACCCAGUCGCUCCAAACUUCCAGCCUCCAGGCGCUGUUACUCAACUCUCAGUCUUAAAGAACCUCGGCAUCCAGGAAAGGAACCCCAAGCUCCAGGCGCUAAAGAAUCCCGGUGCAUCUCAUCAUGGUGGCCGAUGCCCCUAAGGGAGACCCCAAGGGGUUCGCGGCGGCGGAGCCCACGGCGAACGGCGCCCCGGUGGUGGUCCCCACCGAAGUCCAAGUCUCGACGGCAGGCGGCUGCUGCGGUUCCCGGGGCCAGGUGCGCCGCUGCCUUCGCGCCAACCUGUUGGUGCUGCUGACUGUGGCGGCCGUGGUGGCCGGCGUGGCGGUGGGGCUCGGGGUGUUGGGGGCCGGCGGCGCGCCAGCGCUGGGCCCCGCGCGCCUGGCGGCCUUCUCCUUCCCGGGCGAACUGCUGCUGCGCCUGCUUAGGAUGAUCAUCCUGCCGCUGGUGGUGUGCAGCCUGGUGGGCGGCGCCGCCAGCCUGGACCCCAGCGCGCUCGGCCGCCUGGGCGCCUGGGCGCUGCUCUAUUUCCUGGUCACCACGCUGCUCGCGUCGGCGCUCGGCGUGGGCUUGGCGCUGGCGCUGCAGCCCGGCGCCGCCAUCAACGACUCCGUCGGGGCCACCGGCGCUGCCGAAGCGGCCCCCAGCAAGGAAGUGCUCGAUUCGUUCCUGGAUCUUGUGAGAAAUAUCUUCCCCUCCAACCUGGUGUCCGCAGCCUUCCGCUCAUACGCUACCUCCUAUGAACUGAGAUGGGUCAACGGGAACCAGAACAGAACCUUGGUGAAGACGGGGGGCGAGGUGGAGGGCAUGAACAUCCUGGGCCUGGUGGUGUUUGCCAUCGUCUUCGGCGUGGCGCUGCGUAAGCUGGGGCCCGAGGGAGAGAUCCUAGUCCGCUUCUUUAACUCCUUCAACGAUGCCACCAUGGUGCUCGUCUCCUGGAUCAUGUGGUAUACCCCUGUGGGCAUCUUGUUCCUGGUGGCUGGCAAGAUCGUGGAGAUGGAGGACGUGAAGAAGCUCUUUGCCAGCGUUGGCAAGUAUGUCCUGUGCUGCCUGCUGGGCCACGCCAUCCACGGGCUCCUGGUGCUGCCCCUCAUCUACUUCUUCUUCACCCGCAAGAACCCCUACCGCUUCCUGUGGGGCAUCGUGACCCCACUGGCCACCGCCUUCGGGACCUCCUCCAGCUCCGCCACCCUGCCGCUGAUGAUGAAGUGCGUGGAGGAGAAGAAUGGCGUGGCUAGGCACAUCAGCCGCUUCAUCCUGCCCAUCGGUGCCACGGUCAACAUGGAUGGCGCGGCCCUCUUCCAGUGCGUGGCGGCCGUGUUCAUUGCGCAGCUCAACCAGAAGCCCCUGGACCUGGUGAAGAUCAUCACCAUCCUAGUCACCGCCACAGCAUCGAGCGUGGGGGCGGCGGGCAUCCCCGCCGGAGGUGUCCUCACUCUGGCCAUCAUCCUCGAAGCCAUCAGCCUGCCUGUGCAUGACCUCUCCUGGAUCCUUGCUGUGGACUGGCUUGUGGACCGCUCUUGUACCAUCAUCAACGUGGAAGGGGACGCCUUUGGGGCAGGGCUCCUUCAGAGUUAUGUGGACCGCACGGAGGCCAGGAGCUCGGUGCCGGAGCUCCUCCAGGUGAAGAGCGAGCUGCCCCUGGCUCAACUGCCCGCCCCCACCGAGGAGGGGAACCCCCUCCUCAAACACCCUCAGGGGCCCGCUGGGAACACUGACACCUGCGAGAAGGAAUCUGUCAUGUGAAUCCGCUUUGGACGCUGGGAUCGGUUGGGAGAAAAGGACAGACCGGGGCUCCGGGGGCCCCAGCCACUCCUGCUCUCCGACAUCACCCCAGGAGCCUGUCUGAAUUCUCCCUUUCUCAGGGCACAGGUCAGCACGUGCAGUUCUCCCCCCUUCUAGGGGAGGCUGUUCCGGUGUGGGGCUGCCUCCUUUGCUGGUGAUCGUCGGUGGCUGCAGCUGUGGUGUGGGUGUGUGUGGUGUUACCUCCUGUCACCGUCUGCUCCUCACGGUACAUCCCACCCUGUCCCCAGGCCCUCUGCUCCCUCCAUUGUAAUAAACACUCCAGGGAACCCUGGGGAGACGGAAAUCCUGAGGUCAAAUACUGCUAUCACUCCAGAGGACAUUUUUUAGCAAUAAAAUUAAAUGUCAAGUAUA